AUGAGAGACCUAAGAUUUAAUAGGAUUAAAGAAAUCCAGCCUGGAGAGUUUAGACGGCUUAAAAACCUGAACACACUGCUUCUAAACAACAAUCAAAUUAAAAGAAUACCUAGUGGGGCAUUUGAAGACCUUGAAAACCUGAAAUAUCUCUAUUUGUACAAGAAUGAAAUCCAGUCAAUUGACAGGCAAGCAUUUAAAGGACUUGCCUCUCUAGAACAACUGUAUCUGCACUUUAAUCAAAUAGAAACGUUGGAACCUGAAUCCUUUACUCAUCUUCCAAAACUUGAAAGGCUAUUUUUGCAUAACAACAGAAUAGCUCAUUUGAUUCCUGGAACAUUUAGUCACUUAGAAUCUAUGAAGAGACUGCGUUUGGAUUCAAACGCUCUUCACUGUGACUGUGAAAUCCUCUGGCUGGCGGAGCUGUUGAAGACGUAUGCAGAGUCAGGUAAUGCUCAAGCAGCAGCUACCUGUGAGUAUCCACGAAGGAUCCAGGGAAGAUCAGUGGCCACAAUAACACCAGAAGAACUUAACUGUGAGAGGCCAAGAAUUACAUCAGAGCCUCAGGAUGUGGAUGUUACCUCAGGGAAUACAGUGUACUUCACUUGCAGAGCUGAAGGCAAUCCUAAACCAGAAAUUAUCUGGCUUCGAAACAAUAAUGAGCUCAGUAUGAAAGAAGAUUCCCGUCUAAACUUGCUAGAUGAUGGCACGUUAAUGAUUCAGAAUACUCAAGAAACAGACCAAGGCAUUUACCAGUGCAUGGCAAAAAAUGUGGCUGGAGAAGUGAAAACUCAGGAAGUUACUCUUAGAUACUUUGAGUCACCAGCCCGGCCAAGUUUUGUGAUUCACCCGCAAAAUACCGAAGUGCUAGUUGGAGAGAGUGUUACCUUGGAGUGCAGCGCAACCGGGCACCCUCAGCCACGAAUUACCUGGACCAAAGGCGACAGAACCCCUUUACCAAGUGACCCCCGCGUCACGAUAACUCCGUCAGGAGGACUUUACAUACAAAAUGUGAAGCAGGAGGACAGUGGCGAGUAUACCUGUUUUGCAACUAACAGCAUAGAUAAUAUCCAUGCGACUGCGUACAUCAUAGUCCAAGCUCUACCUCAGUUUACUGUCACUCCUCAAGACAAAACAGUGAUUGAGGGACAAACCGUUGACUUCCCUUGUGAAGCGCAAGGCUAUCCCCAGCCUGUUAUUGCCUGGACUAAAGGAGGAGGCCAGUUGUCUGUUGACAGAAGACACUUAGUUCUAUCCUCUGGAACCCUAAGGAUUUCCAGGGUUGCUUUGCAUGACCAGGGACAGUAUGAAUGCCAAGCUGUUAAUAUUAUCGGAUCUCAACGAAUUGUCGUAUACCUGACCAUACAGCCUAGAGUGACUCCUGUAUUUGCCAGCGUUCCCAGUGACAUGACAGUGGAGGUUGGCACAAACGUGCAGAUCCCGUGCAGCGCUCAAGGGGAGCCAGAGCCAGUAAUUACAUGGAAUAAGGAUGGAGUGCAGGUAACUGAGAGUGGGAAAUUUCAUGUUAGUCCAGAGGGAUUUCUUACCAUUCGUGAUGUUGGAACAGCUGAUGAAGGUCGAUACGAAUGUGUUGCCCGGAAUACCAUAGGAUACUCCUCUGUUAGUAUGGUGCUUAGUGUUAAUGUCCCUAAUGUCAGCCGAAAUGGAGAUCCUUUUGUACAAACAUCAAUUGUGGAAGCAAUUGCGACUGUUGACAGAGCAAUAAAUUCAACACGUACACAUCUGUUUGACAGUCGUCCUCGUUCUCCAAAUGAUUUGCUAGCCUUAUUUCGAUACCCAAGGGAUCCAUACACUGUUGAGCAAGCAAGAGCUGGGGAAAUAUUUGAAAGGACAUUACAGCUUAUUCAAGAUCAUGUACAAGAUGGUCUAAUGGUUGACCUGAAUGGAACAAGUUAUCACUAUAAUGACCUUGUAUCCCCACAGUACUUGAAUCUGAUAGCUAAUCUCUCAGGCUGUACAGCCCAUCGACGAGUCAACAACUGCUCAGAUAUGUGCUUCCACCAGAAGUACAGGACACACGAUGGAACAUGCAACAACCUUCAGCAUCCCAUGUGGGGCGCUUCUCUGACAGCCUUUGAACGUCUGUUAAAGUCAGUCUACGAAAAUGGAUUUAAUUUGCCUCGGGGAAUUGAACCCAAGAGGCUCUCUAAUGGCUACGCACUCCCAAUGCCUCGCUUGGUUUCAACUACUCUGAUCGGCACGGAAACAAUAACUCCUGAUGACCAGUACACUCACAUGCUCAUGCAGUGGGGUCAGUUUCUUGACCAUGACCUUGACCUCACCGUGGCUGCCCUAAGUGAGGCCAGGUUUUCGGAUGGUCAGCAUUGCAGUUCAGUUUGUACAAAUGAUCCUCCGUGCUUUUCGAUCAUGAUACCACCAAACGAUCCCAGAGUUCGAAACGGUGCACGCUGCAUGUUUUUCGUACGCUCCAGUCCAGUUUGUGGAAGCGGCAUGACAUCUCUCCUGAUGAAUUCUGUGUACCCACGAGAACAGAUCAACCAGCUGACUUCAUACAUUGAUGCGUCCAAUGUGUAUGGCAGUUCGGACCAUGAAGCACUAGAAAUCAGAGACUUGGCAAGUCAAAGGGGUCUUCUGAGACAGGGCAUCGUACAGAGAUCUGGCAAGCCCCUUCUUCCAUUUGCUACUGGCCCACCAACAGAAUGUAUGAAAGAUGAAAAUGAGAGCCCAAUUCCCUGCUUUUUAGCUGGUGAUCAGCGUUCUAACGAACAGCUGGGUCUUACCAGCAUCCACACAUUGUGGUUUAGAGAACACAACAGAAUUGCCACAGAGCUACUGAAACUCAAUCCACACUGGGAUGGUGACACAAUAUAUCACGAAACACGCAAAAUUGUUGGUGCAGAAAUGCAACACAUAACAUUUAGCCACUGGCUACCUAAGAUCUUUGGAGAGGUAGGCAUGAAGAUGCUUGGCGAAUAUAAGGGUUAUGAUCCCAGUGUUAAUUCUGGCAUAACUAAUGAGUUUGCAACUGCCGCUUUUAGGUUUGGUCACACACUCAUUAAUCCUUUUCUGUAUCGACUGGAUGAAAACUUUGAACCUAUUCCACAAGGCCAUCUACCUCUUCAUAAGGCAUUCUUCUCUCCAUUUCGGAUUGUAAAUGAAGGAGGCAUUGAUCCACUUCUAAGGGGAUUGUUUGGUGUUGCUGGUAAGAUGCGUGUCCCAUCACAAUUACUCAAUACAGAAUUAACAGAAAGACUCUUCUCCAUGGCACGUACUGUGGCUUUAGAUCUGGCAGCUAUGAAUAUUCAGAGAGGCAGAGAUCAUGGAAUUCCUCCCUACCAUGAUUUUAGAGUUUACUGUAAUCUUUCUUCAGCUCAGACUUUUGAAGAUCUGAAAAAUGAAAUUAAGAAUCCUGAAAUCAGGGAGAAACUUAGCAGGUUGUAUGGUUCCCCACUGAACAUAGACCUAUUUCCUGCUCUAAUGGUAGAAGACCUAGUUCCGGGGAGCCGACUGGGGCCAACUUUGAUGUGUCUGUUAAGCACACAGUUUAGGCGUAUUCGGGAUGGAGACAGGUUAUGGUAUGAGAACCCGGGUGUGUUCAUGCCUGCUCAGCUCACUCAGAUCAAGCAGACAUCUCUUGCCAGAGUUUUAUGUGACAAUGGUGACAACAUAACCAGGGUACAACAUGAUGUCUUUAAGGUGGCUGAAUUCCCACAUGGAUAUAGUAGCUGUGAAGAUAUUCCUAAACUGGACCUCCGGAUGUGGCAAGAUUGCUGUGAAGACUGUAGAACUAGAGGACAGUUUAAUGCAUUUUCAUAUCACUUCCGGGGAAGACGUUCUCUUGAUUACAGCUUUCAGGAGGACAAGCCCUUGAAGAAAAUGAAAAUAUCCAAAACAGUAAGUUCUGUGAAACAGAGUAAAUAUUUUCGUAAUGCCACAUCAGCAUCUAAUGAAAAUACAAACAUGCCCGCAGUGAAUGACUUCAAAGAAUUUGUUUUGGAAAUGCAAAAAACUAUUUCAAGCCUCAGAAACCAGAUAAAAAAACUUGAAUCACGCCUCAGUAAAACUGAUUGCACUGAUGAAAAGGGUAAAUCAUAUUCCAGCAAUGAAACCUGGAAAAGGGACCCUUGUACUGUGUGUGAAUGCAAAGUUGGUCAGAUUACCUGUUUUGUAGAAUCAUGCCCGCCGGCUGACUGCGAAGCGCCUGUGAAGGUUAAAGGAGAUUGCUGUCCAGUCUGCUUAAAACAAAACAUUAAUAAAAAGAAGCCAUAAGUCUGCUUUUUAAUAAUUUAGGGUGCAUACUCCUCAAAUCAUAUCAAUGCCUGCUGAUGGCAAAAACAGGUAACUACAGUCUUAACAACAGCAAUAAAUCAAGAUUUACAACAUUCUAAUGGUGCUGUAACAGUAUAUCAUAAUGUAUCGUUUUAUUUUCUGCCCAUGAAGGUAAUCACAAUGCAAAAAUUAACGAAAGGGAAAUUAGCAAACAAGUCAAAGAUAAUUGUGUGUUAAACUUCUCAGGUUAGACAAACUCAAACUGGUGCUACUUUAAAAGAACACUGUCAGGUAGUUUUAGGUACCCAAAAUGACUGGGCUUGAGACUUACUCUAAAAUGAACACUUUGUUUCCUAUCUUUAAUUAGCAACAUUAAAAGUUUACUAUUCCUUUUCAGUACCAGUCUGACUUGAUAUUUAGUUCUUUGUUAUUAUUUAGUAAAUGCAGGGAAAAGGAAAACACAAGGUCACUGUGCCCAAAGCAAUGCCGUCGAGGGCCAGUUUCUGCAAACCCAGCUAUGCAUGGAAAUUCUUUUGAAUCACACUAUCACUUCUGCAUCUGGACCAGCAAGGAAGUAAAGAAAA